AUGGCUGCCGUCAAAGGACAGAGCGAUCCUGCCUUCUCCGCCGUCAAACAACUGCUCUCUGACAAUGUCAGCACCGGCGAGGAGUUGGGAGCCUCCAUCUGCAUAAACGUCGACGGCUUAAACGUAGUCGAUAUCUGGGCUGGUUAUGUCGACGAAGCCCGCAGCAAAGAAUGGCAGGAGAAUACCAUUGUCAACGCUUGGUCUACUUCUAAGACGGUGACCAAUCUCGCAGCUUUCAUCGCCGCCGACCGUGGUCUGCUGGAUUUGCACGGCAAAGUGGCCACCUACUGGCCCGAAUUCGCGGCGAAUGGCAAAGAAAACAUCGAGGUCCGACAUAUCCUGGCCCACAGCUCUGGUCUCUCCGCAUGGGAGAGGGAAAUGUCGACGGAAGAUAUCUGCAAUCUGGACCUCAGCACGGCCGAACUUGCCAAACAAGCACCCUUGUGGGAGCCUGGAACGGCAUCCGGCUAUCACUCUACGACCCAAGGCGCCCUCGUGUCCGGCUUGAUCUCACGCGUCACCGGGAAGUCGCUCAAGCAGUUCAUUGCGGAAGACAUGGCUGCACCACUGGGUGCGGAUUUCCAGCUGGGCGCCUUGGAAAAAGAUUGGCCUCGCGUCUCCACCCUCCUGCCUGCACCACCACUCCCGAAGGAAGUUAUGCAGGCAAUGGCCGCUUAUCCCAUCUCUCUACGCACCUUCACGAAUCCUCCUGUCCCCCUCGACUUCGUGCUCGGCCCUACAUGGCGCAACGCCGAACUCGGUGCAGUGAAUGGGCAUGGAAACGCUCGAUCCUUGAAUCGUAUCAUGUCCGCCGUGACGCUUGGGGGGGAAGUUGAUGGGGUCCGCUUGCUUUCCAAAGAGACCAUUGAUAAGAUUUUCGAAGAGCAAACAUGCGGCACCGAUUUGGCCAUGCUCAUCCCGGUGCGGUACGGGAUAGGAUACGGACUGCCGCUGAAAAAGACGCUGCCCGCGAUUCCGGAAGGCGACAUCUGUUUCUGGUUUGGAUAUGGUGGCUCCUUGGUGCUCAUGGACCGCGAUACCCGAAUGACAUUCACCUAUGUCAUGAAUAAAUUAGGCCCGGGACUGUUGGGGAAUCCCAGAACCUUUGGAUACGUCCAAGCAGCCUACGAUGCUUUGAAGACGAUGAAAGGUGGAUCGAAGAUGUAA